AUGGCGGCCGCGUCUCCUCAGGGUGGCUGCGUCAGCACCCGCGGCUCCCAGCGCGCUUACGCGGACCGCCACGCGCGGCCGACGGAGCAGCAAAAGCCAGCUGCUUCCCAGGGAAUAUGGAGCCAAGAACAAGAACACAGCCAGCAGGGCGGGAGCUUCACCAGCCAGGACCCCAUCCCACAGUAUCUGAGCAAGGAAUCCCUCCAAAUUUGGCAACCUUGUAAUCCCAGGGACUUCAGUUGCCCCAUCUGUCUCCAGACAGCUACUCUCCCAGUAGAAACCAACUGUGGACAUUUAUUCUGUGGUUCCUGUCUGAUCACAUACUGGAAACACAGUCCCUGGUUAGCAGCAAUAACCUGCCCUCUCUGCAGACAAAAGGUGGUUCUUCUGGAUAACAUCUCUUGUGAAAAGCAACAUGACAAGCCAAGUAAACAAAUUGUACAUGACAUUAGAGAUUACAACAAGCGUUUCUCAGGGCAACCUCGACCUUUUGCAGAUUACCUUUAUGACAUGCCCUUAUUCCUGACUCUUGCCUUGCGAGGAAUCUUCACCUGGGGUGGUCUGGUAUGGCUUUUUUUCCUACGAGUUGCUGUUUGCUCCUUCGGAACUAUCAUAUGCUUGUCUUCCCCAUUUGACAUGAGGCCUGGGCCUCUCUGUAGGACACUUGGAACCGCUGAUGACAUGGUGGUUGUUUCCCUUCUUUUAAUUUGCAUGAUAAACAUAUGUCAGCAAAUUGCACCUAAUGGGGUGAACAUGGCAAGGUCUGCAGCUCAGAGCAUGCUGUCAGAGGCCUGAGUGACUCAAACUUGGAUUUCUUGGUCAAACUUCACCAAGCAAUGACAGGCUUCUUUUUGCUUUGGGGCAGAAGAUGAUGGAUUUGUCAUUCUGCCUCUGACAAAGGCUGAAGCAGGACUCAGCAAUACUUGCAUGGCCAAGUGAUUUGAUGUGCAAGCACUUAGAAAGGGAGUUUUACACUGGAUACUUGCUGGAGUCUUUCAUGCUACAUUUUUCUUUAACUUUUCUUCAUACAAAGUGCCUGAGUUUAAAAUGCCUAAAGCUACAAACAAAGCUUAAAAUUACAAAGCCAAGCAACUUGCAGUUGAAGAGUUUUAGAACUCUUGAGCUUUAACAUUUUACAUCUUGGUUCCAUUUGAAUAAAAUCUUAAUUUGAGAACUUAGCAAACUGUAUAGUUUGCUAAGGCUUGUAUAAGACAAGACAUGUUAAAUAGUAUCACUACAGAAUCUUGUAUCAGUGCUCUGUGUUAUCACAACUGAUUACACAUCCACAGGAAUACAGAUUUCUUACAGCUCUGCAAUGAGAACAGCUCUGAUUUUAAAAUGGGUAAUAUGGAACUGGUAGUGACACUGGCUUGGAACACAAAUGCAACUAUGAAGUAGAGGUAUUACAAGGGGAGAAAAGCAUUAAAAAAUCAUGCAAAGAAUGUGAACAAAUCCCUCUUUCAUAUAAGCUUAUGCAAGGUACAUCGCUUCCUUUUGAACUCUGUGCCUUUGAGCUUCAACAAAGUCAGCAUGACAGCUUGUUUCCUUUCUAGACUUCAUACACUCCUUGUGAUUGAAGGAGUGUAAGUCUUGUGCCAGUUCAGCCAGAGAGGUCAAGGCUGGUUUGUUGAUGAUUCUAUGAUAAAAAUAGCAGGAAGGUUACGGAAAGGUAGCUGAAGUUGGGGGGGGGUGUGUGUGCAUGUCUGUGUGUGUUGAGCUGCAAAGAGUUAAAAAGGCUGGUGCAGUGCCAGACCCCCCUAUACAUCUGUCCCUGUAAUCUGUACAUUUGCUAUGUGUUUGGAGUCAGUGGACUUCGUUUUACAUAUGAAUUGUAUAUUAAAAUAAAUGCAUUAAAAUUUAUGAAUAUUUAUUGUUCACAAUA